AUGAACGGCGCCGCGGAUGGAGCGUGCUCGCUGCAGUUCGACGCGGCGACGGCGACGGAGUUCCUGCGGCUGCAGCGCGUGCUGAUGCGGCAGGACGCGAGCCGCGCCACGAACGCCGACACGCUGUCAUGGCUGUUCGACGCCGCCAAGGCGCAAAUCGACGAGCUGGCGUGGCGGGACGGCAAGCGCAUCCGAAUGACGACGGAUAUUCGUAAGCACGUUCACCGUCGCAUCAGCGCAUUCACCGUGACUUUUAAGUCGAAUCGAAAGGACGGCAAGUGCAUCCGAAUGAUGACCAAUAAGCGUGCAAGCCAGCCUACCGCCCUGGCAAUCAGCCAGCAGCACCCCGAGUGGAGCAAGAGCGUGCUCUACCUCCUCCUCUCGUGGCCGCACCACCACCUCUCCCUCUCCGUGCCCUCCCUUCGAUUGCCUUUCCCGUUUCUCUGCAGGCCAAUGAGCCUACCGCGCUGGCAUUCAGCCACCGCCACCCCGAGAGGAGCAAGAGCGUGCUCUACCUCCUCCGGUGGCCGCACCACCACCUCUCCCUCUCGGUUCCGUCCCCUCUAUCCCCUCUCGUGUGUUUUUCUGCAGGCAAGCCAACCUACCGCCCUGGCAUUCAGUCACCGCCACCCCGAGUGGAGCAGGAGCGUGCUCUACCUCCUCUGGUGGCCGCACCACCACCUCUCCCUCUCCUUCACCGCCCCUCCCCAACUCCGCUCCCUCGGCCCCCACAUCGCAUGCUCCCGCCGCAAGCUCUCCUCCCUCUCCCUCAAACUGCGCGGCACGGUGGACGGGGAAGAGGAGCAGGAGCACGCAUACUGGUCCCUUAGUUUUCUCAAAGACUGCUCGCAGCUGCAGCAGCUGAAGCUGGGCCGCGGCAGGUGGGAUCUCACCAGCCUAUGCGCUGACGCCACGUGGGCGAAAUCCAUCCAAUCUCUCACCAUCAAGCAUCCCCAUUUCACGCUCUAUGAGCCGCAGCCCCAUUUCACGCUCUAUGAGCCGCAGUCCCAUUUCACGCUCUAUGAGCCGCAGCCCCAUUUCACGCUCUAUGAGCCGCAGCCCCAUUUCACGCUCUAUGAGCCGCAGCCCCAUUUCGGCGGCUGUUCGGCAGCCUCUCGCUACCACAGCCUCUCCUUCUCAUUCUACGUUGCCCGCCUCCUCCGCUUCCGCUUCCCCCACUGGGAUCUCAAGCCCACCCUCUCACUGUACGGCCAGGAUCGUCUGGUUAUCCCCUCCCUCCGCCUCGCAUCGGCACGAGUGGCCUACCUCAACGGCCCUGCGACCGAUGAGUUCUCCUCCCUCUCAUCCUCCCCUUAUCUUCGCUACUCCCAGCAGCUGCCUCUAUACCUGCGGCUCCCCCUUUCCCGGAGCAGACAUUCCUUUUCUUGGAGCACGUGGCUGCGUGCGAUUGCGCCUAAAGUGGAGGUGCUUGUAGUGAGGCACGGGGUGCCUAUAGAGAGGGUGAAGGUGGUGUGGCGGAGCCUGCGCAGCCUUGGGAUUGUCGUGGGUGGCAAGGUUUGUCACGACCCAGACUGGGAGGCUGCGGUGGAUAGGUGCGAUGAGUACGGAGGCGGUGAGGAGGAGUGCUUGCAGCAGCAGCAACAAACACUCCUGCCUCCGGUUAUCAACGCUCCAAAUCUGAAGUCUAUUUUCUUCCCCACUCGCAGGCCCUAG